UAACCUAAAAAUAGGUUAUGUUUUAUAAUUUGUUUGUUCACGGUGGAUUAAUAAAUGUAAUUAUUGAUUCUUGCUGAGUGUAAACAUUUUAUUAGCUGUUUGAAAUGACCGACUCUGCGAUUGAGUUAAAAGCUAAAUAUGAUCGAAAAAUUUUUAAGGCUUCUGCAAAUCAAAUCCCAGAAUCAAUACGCAAUGAUCCAAUUUUAAAUGAAGCAAUCAAAGCAUUACCGAAAAAUUAUGAGUUCGAAAUUCAUAAAACGAUAUUUCGAAUAAAACAAUUAAAAGCGAAGACUGUUGCUCUCCAGAUGCCUGAAGGACUCCUACUCUUUGCAACUACCAUUGCAGAUAUCGUAAGAGAAUUCACAGGAGCGGAAACAUUGAUAAUGGGAGAUGUUACCUAUGGAGCCUGUUGUAUAGAUGAUUUAACAGCUAGAGCACUGGGUGUUGAACUAUUAGUACAUUAUGGACAUAGUUGCUUGGUUCCACUAGAUCAAACAAGUGGAAUUAAGGUGCUUUAUGUAUUUGUGGAUAUUAAAAUAGAGCCGUUACACUUUAUAGACAGUAUAAAGAUUAAUUUUGAAACAAAAACUAAAAUAUUUUUAAUGAGUACAAUCCAAUUUGUAACGACCAUACAAAGGUGCAAAGGGAUUUUACAAGAAAUGGGGUACGAUGUUUCAAUUUCUCAGUUUAAACCAUUGUCACCUGGGGAGAUCCUUGGUUGUACAGCACCUACCGUAACUUGUGCAGAUGUUAUAAUCUAUUUAGGUGAUGGACAGUUUCAUUUAGAGGCAGCUAUGAUAGCUAAUCCAAAAAUUCAAGCAUACAAAUAUGACCCAUACAGCAGGUGUUUAACGAAAGAAUAUUACGAUCAUAAAGAAAUGCAGCAGACCAGGAUGAAAUGUAUUGGAGAUGCACAGAAUGCUAAUACUUUUGGGGUGAUAAUGGGAACUCUUGGAAGACAGGGUAGUCCCAAGGUUGUAGAUUAUUUGCGGGAACGUCUAGAAAAGGCCGGCAAAAAAGCUGUCGUUAUAUUACUUUCUGAAAUUUUUCCAAGUAAAUUAGACUUGUUUACAAAAUUAGAUGCUUUUGUGCAAAUAGCAUGCCCUCGACUGUCUAUUGAUUGGGGAACUGCAUUUUCAAAAUCAUUGCUAACUCCGUAUGAAGCAGCGAUAGUUACUGGAGAGUCAAAAUGGCACAAUGAAGAUUCAAAUUAUCCUAUGGAUUUUUAUGCAAACGCAAGCCUAGGCCCAUGGACUCCCAAUCAUAAGCCUGAUGUAAAAAAACCGUGCUGUGGAAAAUGUUCUUAAUAUUUGAGAAUUAACACAAUUGUUAAAUUAAUUAUGUUUUAGUCUUGUAGAUAUUUUUUUUAAUAAAAAAACAUUUAAAGUU